AUGGCGCUCUGGUUGACGGCAGUCCUGGCUCUCGCCUGCCUCGGUGGUCUCGCUGCCCCAGGCCCGGUGCAGCGACCCCUGGCUCCUUCCGAUGUGCCCCUCAGGGAGCUUAUUGAGGAGUUGAUCAACAUCACACAAGACCAGAGGGCUCCCCUGUGCAAUGGCAGCAUGGUAUGGAGCGUGGACCUGAGAGCUGGCGGGUUCUGUGCAGCCCUGGAUUCCCUGACCAACAUCUCCAGUUGCAAACCCAUCUACAAGACCCAGAGGAUACUGAAUGGACUCUGUACCCGGAAGGCCUCAGUGGGGGUUUCCAACCUUUCAGACACCAAAAUCGAACUGGCCCAGUUUAUAACAAAACUGCUUAAUUACUCAAGGCUACGUUAUCGCCACAGCAACCGAUCCUGA